GAAAUUAGGUAUGGUAAUCAUUAUUAAUUAAGCAUUAAGUAUUAAGCCCCCAACCCACUUCACAAAGUUCAUGAAGUACCAAGGAAAGACCAAAUAUUAAAUAAAUUAGAAAAAUUUGAAUUUCCAAAAAAAUCAAGUGGGCGAUAAUAGAGCCUCUGAAACAUGGCAAAAGUGACAUAUUUUGUAAUUUUCAAUGCAUACUCCCGAUAAUUAUCUAUCAUUGUGUGCUUUCCACACCAUAUCAAUGGUAUCAAUAUCAAUCAAACAUACUUCCGGUGUAAUGGUGGAAACACGUUUCCAAAAUGUCUCCGCCAUCUGAUGAGGAUUUACAAUAUUAUGAGAAGAUUCUGAAUUUACUAACUGAAGGACCGAGGAACGACGUUGUCGAGCAGCUAUUGCAUGAUGGAUCCGAGGAGGAUUUUGACAUGAUACGUGAUUACUUCUUCGAAAAGGCAAAAUCAAAAGUCACGGAGCAUUGUGACUCUUUAUUUGGACCGUUAGCAGAGCGCGAGGAACAUGAAGUCCCUGUAAAUCUGCAGCCUAAGAAACGCCAGGGUAAGAACAAGCUUACUAAUACAGUUAUGGACAUAUGCGACUUAUAUUUAUACCUGACAGAUAACGUAGAUAUGUUCCCAAAGGGUGUUUUGAGUACGAACAGUUUCCUGCCCGAGGUAACCGUGUCCAGGGAGGCCUCUAAUAACAUGCAUCGAAAUGAACGUGCUGCAUCUAUGGAUGUUACAAUAACAGUACUAACACAGAAGGUAAAGGAGCUAGAAGUUGAGAGGGAUUCUAUGAGAAAGGACAUUUGUACUUUGUCUUCGAAACUUGACCAGAUCACGGGAACAUGUAAAACGUUGCAAUCUGAGCUUGAAAAGCUAACCCAGAAUACGAACUCUAUGCAGGGCAAUCUAGCAUCUAUUACACGUAUUGUAACUAGCUCUAAACCUUCCGACCUAGUGAAUUCGAAUGCACCCCCUAAACAAACUCAACAGGUAAUGACUAAUUUCGCCGAAUCCUGUAUUAGUGGAUUGAAUGCCAGUAAGUCGUUGAGUACGCAAAAUGACCCAGUCGUUCCGAAUUCCAGCGAUGGGUCAAAUAAUGUAAACAAUAACAUUCUUUCCGAAUCGAACCAGGUCAGUGCGACCCCAGCUUGUGAUGUAAAUCGUAUGGCUCCUGAUAAAGAUUACCCUGAUGCAUCGAAAAAUACCUAUGUGUCGCAUACACAGCUGCCCUCCGAAUGCCGUUCGGCAGCUAACAACGGAUGUAAUAAACCGAACGUUGAACCAUCCAAGCAACGUAUUAAGAGUCCCACAUCCCGUGGCAGUCCCCAGAAGACGUACCCGAGAACCCAAACCCCUACGCAGCCGAGAACCCUGAGUCCCACUCCUCCCAGACCCCCAAGAUCGAAUCUUAACCUGAAUACGCUUAAAGGGACGAGUGAGCAGGUGACCUAUGGUGUGACGGAGACUGGUGUAUGGCGCGGCCCACCCCCCACUGAUCGCGGAGUAUGGAAGGGCCCAGAUCCCCCUGGGAAGGAAUGGCAGACGUGGCUCGGAAAUAAUCAGCUUCGGCGAAAGAAGGCGGCGGCGAAACAAAAGGAAUAUGUUAACAC